AUGGCGGGCGGUUAUCGGGCCGACGACGACUACGAUUAUCUCUUCAAGCUGGUCCUGAUCGGCGACUCCGGCGUCGGAAAAUCGAAUUUGCUGUCCAGAUUUGCUCGGAACGAGUUCAGCUUGGAGUCCAAAUCCACCAUAGGCGUUGAAUUCGCCACCCGCAGCAUUCGCGUCGAUGAUAAGAUCAUCAAGGCUCAGAUUUGGGAUACGGCAGGGCAAGAGAGGUACCGCGCGAUUACGAGUGCCUACUACCGUGGGGCUGUGGGAGCCUUGCUCGUGUACGACGUCAUGCGCCACGUCACCUUCGAGAAUGUCGAGAGGUGGCUCAAGGAGCUCAGGGACCACACGGACCAGAACAUUGUAAUAAUGCUCGUCGGGAACAAGGCUGACCUCCGCCACCUCCGGGCAGUCUCGACAGAGGACGGGCAGGCCUUUGCCGAGAAGGAAAAAACCUAUUUUAUGGAGACAUCUGCACUCGAGUCCAUGAACGUAGAGAACUCAUUCACUGAGGUGCUCACACAGAUUUACCAUGUCGUUUGCCGCAAAGCACUCGAGAUAGGAGAGGACCCAUCGGCUCUGCCUAAAGGGCAGACCAUAAAUGUGGGGAACAAAGAUGAUGUGUCGGCUGUGAAGAAGGUCGGUUGUUGCUCUGUAUGA